ACUACAGAAAGUACAUCUCGGGGGAGGGGAAUCGGAACGUCCGUUAUCCGUAGCGGCGUAGCAGACGAUAAUCGUGACGAGUUGAGACAAGUUGAGAGAGAGGAGGCGAAUCGCCACAAUUGUUCGUCGCCGAGGAUCUUCUCCGAGAAAUCUUCUCCGGAGAAAUCUUCCUCGGCGAGUUCGUCUGCCAUCGAAUAUUCGUGAUUGAACUCGAGAGGAUCCGAUUCGUCGCAAGUCAAAGCGAGGUGUCAGUCGAUCCGCACUCCGCAGUGCUUCGGCAUUGCGCAUUCGUUGAGAAUCCUGACGCACGUUGACAUUUUGAUUUGACUCUCCGCUAUCGGGCUCCGCCGCAGUCUUCGGAGCGGGAACUCGGCCAAAGCGAAGCCACGCCAGGAGCAUGGUGACCCGAUCGCGAUUUUGCCCUUUCGCCCGCUAUUUAUAGAAAUUAUAGAGCUAGUAGGUUAUUUCUAAAAUCAAUCGUCGUAGGUGAGACGCGAGACGAGCUGUGCCGGAAUGAUACAGUGCGAUAAGUUACGCGGGAAUUAACGCAAAUUGGCAUUGCGAUAUACACAACGUUGUUACGUUGCCGUUACUGGUGCUUUCCAGCAAGAGACAGUAUGACACAGUAAUCAUUUCAUCCUUGUUUAACGUUGGCAGACAACAAAGAUGUUAUGAUUCAUUGUAUUAUACUGUGUCUCUUCUGCGUCUCUUGCUGGGAAACACGUCAUGUGUAACAUGAUUUAAUUGCUUCUUGGAGGUACUCGCGCAAGGGGCAAGAGCAAGACGAUUCGGCAGUGCUGUUAUUCUCGAUUCGCGCGAUGCAGAUCCCACGCUCUUAUCGAGCAAUUUGCGCGACAAACCAGAGGCGGGAUGUCGUGGCAUGCGGAAUGAUGGAUCAUUGAAUGGAGAUGCAAGGUUGGAGAGCAACAUGAAUCUGUAUCGCACAAUUAUCUGACUGGGAUCUACUCUUCGAGUUAUCGUGUCUUCGUAUCUUCACGCACAAAUGUCAGGAUGUUAAGCGGUGCUGUCAAUAUGGAACUGAAUAAUGUUGUGAGCAACAAAAGUUCCGUAUACCUUGCACUAUCGUUUCGUAGGCUGUGCCUGGCGACAGUUGGCUUACCACUUGUGUCACUGUUGUUCUGCUUCAUCACAGCAUAUAUAUUUCAACAGGACGAUAUUCACGAAACUCACUGUAGAGUCUAUAAUAUUCUUCCAUCGAUCUCAGCCAUUACUGGAGUAUCUCCACAGAGAUAUUUAUGGCGUAUCAGUAUAGCAUUACAUAUUGGUCCUAGACUGGUUAUCGCCAGUGUUUAUCAUUCAUAUUAUUACAAGAUACUUAAGAACAUUGAAGAUGUGCCUCUACAAAUUACGGGGAGCAGGCUCCUAAACCUAUGCUACUGGCUAAACAUUGCCGAGAUAGCAGCUUUGUCUGGUGUAACAUAUAUUUCUAACAGAGAAAAUUAUUCGGUACACGAAAAAAUUUUCAUAGUGUUCAUGAUUAGCUCGCUCACAUACAUGUUGACUGCUGUGAGAUUGGGUCGUCUAAUAACUCCAAAUGCACAAAGUCUUCAGUACAAACAAGUGCUUUUUAUGACAAGUCUCGUCAGUACAAUCUUUCUUAUUAUUUUCUUCUUAAAACAUCGACUGCUGUGUCACGACUUGGCAUUUAGUUGGUUUUCGCUAUGUGAGUACGUGAUAGCUUUUGCAAAUAUGGGCUUUCACAUCACUGUGGUUUCGGACUUUCCAGAAGAACAACUGAUCGUAGGUCACGGUUUACCUGCCGUAAAAAUAGAUUAA